AUGGGCUGCGGCUGCUGGCGGCUGCCGGGGCCGCUCUGCCCCCUGCUCCCGCUGCUCCCGCUGCUCCUGCACCUCGCGGCCAGCCAGGAGCCGCUCAGCACGGCGGGGCAGUGUGACACCAUCUACCGGGGCUUCGCCACCUGCCUGAUCAGCCUGGGGGACAGCAUGGCCCGGGGCGGCGCGGAGGAGCAGGAGCUGGACACCAUCUGCAGGUCCUGGGAUGAUUUCCACGCGUGUGCCAGCGAGGUGCUGUCGAGCUGCCCCGAGGAAGCGGCGGCCAUCUGGGAAUCUCUGCGCCGGGAAUCCCGUAAGAUCCAGUUCCAGGGGAACCUGCAGGAGCUGUGCAGCGCCCGGGGCCGCCUGGCCAGCUCCCGGGGCUCUCCGGACACCGACAGCAGCCAGGCCACCCUGCGGGGCUCGGCCACCCCGCCCCGGCCGCGGCUCCCGGCGCUGCUGCUGCUGCUGCUGCUGCUGCCGCGGCUCUAGCCCUGCCCGCCCCAGCCCGGGCAUCCGUCGCGG